AAUUUAUCAGUUUUUAUAGAAGGGCAGCCAGUAGGUCAAAAAUGUACAAGAAGUUUUUGUUAUAAUCCUGUAGGAUAUUACACUCACUAUGACAUACAAAUAGCAAUAGAUCUAGGUCUUCACAUAGAAUUAUCUUCUAAAAGUCCUAAUGCUUUAAUAUUUGAGCUAAAUUAG